UUUUCUCCUUUUCAGAAAAUCUUCUGUGGACAUGAGUACACAACCCAGAAUUUGAAGUUUGCCUUAAAGGUGGAACCAGAGAAUGAAUUUGUGAAAGAAAAGCUCAUUUGGGCUAAACUGCGAGAAGAUGAAGACCUUCCAACGGUGCCUUCUACUUUGGCAGAGGAGUUCCUCUACAACCCGUUCCUUCGCAUCUUGGAAGAACCGGUCCAGAAGUUCACGGGCAAGUCGGCUCCUCUUGAGGCCUUCGCUGCUCUCUGCAAGGCCAAAGAUAGCUUCCGGAAACCCAAAGAGCGGCUGAAUCCUCAGGCCAUGCUGGAGUUCCAGUGGGGGCUCUUCGAUCCACUCCUGCAGAAAUGAGAACGGGCUAAUCAGAUUCAUCUCAAAGGCAAAUGUAAGCUGUCUAAAAUUGGGAGGCAACGGAGGGCUCAUAAAAAAUAGAUCGCAUGGACUGCCAGAAUAAAGUCAAGAGAAUCCAAUAAGAG